GCGAGAUAGUUCGGAAGACGAUUUUAAAAAUCAGCUGAGAAAUAAAAAUAUUUAAGAAGAUAUUUUAAUAAAUUUAAGUGUUAAAUCUCGAAAGUUUAUCCAAGAAGUCAACGUUUAUCCAAGAAAAGUUUGAAUUGUAUAAAAAUUUAUAAAAAUGGGUGAAAAAUUGUCACCAACUACAACUGCAAACAAUUCCAAAUCGAAGGACAAUAAAUCCAACAAAAAGAAUGGAACAAAGAAUAUUACCAGUGUGUAUGAUUCACGAGGCUUUGAAUUCUCCCGACCAGUAACAAAACAUGAAAAUAUUUAUCCACAAUUACCGGAACAGAAGUCACUACUUGUAGCUUAUCUGCUUUGGUUCUUUGGUGGAUUUUUUGGACUUCAUCACAUUUAUCUUCAUCGUGAUCGACAUGCAUUCGUAUGGUGGUGUACAUUAGGAGGAUAUUUCGGUUUAGGAUGGCUUUUUGAAGUGUUUAAAAUUCCCGAAUAUGUACGAGAUGCAAAUGAAGAUCCCGAAUUCAUCAGUAAGUUUGUUACAAAAAUGAGAAUGUACAGGAAACCCGAAUUUUCUACAACAAGAUUUCUCGGUGAAAUUAUGAUGAGUUACUUAUUUGGCCAACUCGUAAUGAUUGCAAUUCCUGAGGAUGAGUUUAUGGGAAUAAAUUUUAGAUUUUUGCUUUGGACAAUUCCUUUCUUCUCAGCAUUGGGUGUGUGGAUUGUUGGAAAUAUUGGACGAGAGAGAGGAGUUUUCUGGCAUUGUUUAAUCGUUGCCUAUAUUGUUUAUCCUCUACGAUAUUUUGUGUACGAUGAAACCUAUUGGUUCACUGCCAUGGUGUUUGCAUCUGCACUUUCAUUUGAACAAUUUUCGAAGCAAUGGCGACGUGAACCUCCGAAACGACAUGGAGCUUUACGAAGAACUAUUGUCUUGUCUACUUGUGUGAUGCUUUACCUCUCAUUGUGGACUGGAUAUUUUUACUUCAAUGGAAAAAUCACCGACAGUGAAGGAGACGAAGUGCCGGUACAUGAAGCAAUUAAAAACUUUUUGAAGUCACCUUGGUGGACGGAUCUUAAGCAGACGUUCAUCGACACAUGGAGGUUCGCGAAGCACAAUGGGUGGUAUGAAACGUGGAAACAAAUUGUUGAUUCGAUAGAUGCUGAUGGAGAGCAGAACGCUUACAAAGUUCUUGGCGUAGAUCCAACAUCAACGCAAAGUGAAAUUACAAGCAUCUGGCGAAAAAUGUCACGAGAAUUUCACCCAGAUAAGGUGAAAGAUGAGAAAUUACAACGAGCAGCACAAGAAAAGUUUAUGGAGAUUCAACAAGCUUAUGAGAUAAUUUCAAAGAUCAAAUCAAAACGUAGAUCGCGUAAUAAGAAGUUUGAUGAUGAUCAAGAUGUCAAAAUUGAACUCUGA